AUGUUCGUGGUCGUAGGCUCGAAGGAGCCCCUGUACAAGAUGGAGAUGCGUGCCCGACGCGAAGAAAGCGCGCACGUGGAUGAGUUCGUGCUCCAUGCAGCACUGGAUCUGGUAGACGAGCUCCUAUGGACGACCCCUGCUAUGGCGCUCAAGGUCGUGGACCGAUUCAAUGACCAGCUGGUCUCGGCUUUUGUCACGGCUUCAGGCGUGAAGUUCCUGCUAUUACAUGAAACUCGCAAUGACGAGACUAUCAAGGCCUUUUUCCAAGAAGUGCACGAGCUCUACAUUAAGUUAUUGAUGAACCCCUUUUACGAGUACGACACGCCGAUCUCCUCCGAGGUAUUUGAUGCCCGAGUCAAAACGUUGGCACGGAGAUACCUGUAG